CACUUCCCGUGUAGCACUGCGGUGUGGGUGUUACAGCUCUGUUUAGCGUCGGAGGAAAAAAGUUGUCUAAUUGUUUCCAGACUCCGGUGGACUGGGUUGUUUUUUAAACUGUGGCAAGUUAAAAAUAUAACAUAAUAAAGCAGAGAACCAAAGAUGGCAACUGAACCUGGCGCGGUCCAAAUAGUGACCGUCAAUAAAGAGGAGCACUCCUUCGGGUUGAACACGGAAGCACUUGAAAGCAUACUCCUAGCACCCAAUGUCCGAGAUAUGGAUGUGGUGGUGGUAUCUGUUGCUGGUGCUUUUCGCAAGGGAAAGAGUUUUCUCCUGGACUUAAUGCUGCGAUAUAUGCACAGGAAGCCUGGGCAGGACUGGCUUGGUCAGGAGAAUGAACCCCUCACAGGAUUCUCUUGGAGGGGCGGCUCAGAGCCUGAAACCACGGGCAUCCAACUGUGGAGUGAAGUCUUCACUAUGAGGAAAAGUAAUGGCAAAGAGGUGGCAGUGUUGCUUAUGGACACACAGGGAGCCUUUGAUAACCAGUCCACUGUGAAAGACUGUGCUACAAUCUUUGCACUCAGCACCAUGACCAGCUCAGUGCAGAUAUACAACCUUUCACAGAAUAUCCAAGAAGAUGACUUGCAGCAGCUUCAGUUGUUCACGGAGUAUGGGCGACUGGCAAUGGAUGAAAUCUAUUUAAAGCCCUUUCAGUCACUCAUGUUUUUGAUCAGAGACUGGAGCUUCCCCUAUGAGUACAGCUAUGGGUUGAAGGGAGGCAAACAAUUCUUGGAUAAACGGCUCCAGGUGAAGGAAUCUCAGCAUGAGGAGCUACAAACCGUGAGAAAGCACAUUCAUUCCUGUUUCACAUCCAUUUCCUGCUUCCUCUUACCACACCCCGGCCUGAAGGUUGCCACGAGCCCUUCGUUUAAGGGACAGAUCUGCGAUGUGGCUCCAGAGUUUAUAAAAGAGCUCUGCAGCCUUAUCCCCAUGCUGUUGGACCCUGAAAGUCUGGCUGUAAAGGAGAUCAAUGGCAACAAGGUAACAUGCAGGGGCCUGCUGGAAUAUUUUAAGUCAUAUAUUAAAAUAUACCAGGGUGAGGAUCUACCACAUCCAAAGUCUAUGCUGCAGGCUACAGCUGAGGCUAACAAUUUGGCAGCUGUGGCAUCUGCUAAGGACCAGUAUUACAAGAAUAUGGAGAAGGUCUGUGGUGGAGAUCUGCCUUAUAUGGACCCUGACAAUUUGCUGGAGAAGCACAACUUCUUAAUGUGUGAGGCUCUCCAUCACUUUAGCAGCAUAAAGAAGAUGGGUGGGAAAGAUUUCUGCGACCGCUAUCAAGCUCAGUUAGAGGUUGAGAUAAAGGAACUCCUAGAGUCUUUCUGCAAGCACAAUGAGUCAAAGAAUGUUUUCAGUGCAUUCCGCACCCCAGCAGUGCUUUUCGUCCUGGUUUGUUUCUUGUAUGUGCUCUCUGCACUUUUAUUGGUCAUCGGCUUGAGUAGUGUUUCAUUUGCAUGCGACUUAAUGCUGAGUGUGGCCAUGGUAGCUAUGCUCACCUGGGCCUUUAUUCGCUACUCUGGCCAGUAUCGAAAUGUUGGCACUGCCAUAGACCAAGCAGCUGGAGUGUUACUGGAGCAGGCUACAGGAAUGCUGAAUAAAUCAAGAACUCAAGCAAUUACAAAUGAGAAGAAGUCAAGAUAGCUUUUUAAGCUAAUCAAGGAUUCCUGAGAUACACAGAGCACAACACAAAUUCAACCAAUCAUUUGACACCAAAUACUGCUAAUACACUUUCCCAAAAAUGGCACUUAAACAUGUCUUCUGUUGCAAAGUAUUUUGCUUUUAAAAAAGGUGCAAUCAGUAUAUUUUACAAUGUUAAAUAAAAUACCAUUUUGGCCUCCUCAAUGUUUUGUGGUUGGCUAUUUGAUUUGCUCCUAAAUGUUUAAUGCAAAAUGGCUAUUAUUCAGAUCAUAUAAAACAUGUACUGAAUGUACCUUUUUUAAGAAGAAAAUAACUGAUUAAAAGUGCAUCAGACAACUUCUCUCAUAAGAUUGCUUUUGCACAUGGUCUAUCCUCCUUAAAGGAGAUGAAGUAAUUUGUUUACAAGUACUUAUUUUAAUAUUACCAAAGAUCUUGCCCUUUGUAGUAAGACUCACAGGCACCUUUCAUGGCAGUUUGUCAUACAGGAAGUUGCACUAGACAUACAUUUUUUCAUAUUUAUAUGUUUAAAUGACAAGCCAUGAUUUCAUUAAAACACUUGAUAUAAUGAAAUCUUGUCUACAGUAAAAGAAAUAUAACAACACUAAUGUGUAUCAUUUACAGAGCAUUGUUACUUCAUCACCUGUAUGGGAUUAUUUAUACAUUCCAUCUUUUCAACAAACUUGAACAUUGCGUUUGAUUUAAGAUCUUUUGCAAUCGUUUGUGUUAUUGUACUGUCUUCUGUUUUAGGAGAUAAGUAGUUUAGUUGUCAGGGAACACCUGGCUGAAUUAGCACAUUGAAUUGUAGGGUGCUUCAAAAACAAAUGUGGUAAGAAAUAAUUGAAAACUUGGUCUGUAGUUAAAUAGUAGCCACAUGGUAGUUAACCAAAUUACAAAAUGAUGUGCUGAGAGGUCAUUCAAAACAAAAGUUUCUUUUUUUUUUUUUUUUUGUUAAGGAUUUUUGUUGGUUGGUUGGUUGGUUGGUUGACAGUGUUAAUGACUGUCCAUGUUUUCCUUUAUCCACUCCUGUAACUGUUAUGCUACUUUGCUGAUUAAAAAAGCAAUGUAGUUUUGCACGAUCUUACUAGUCAUAACAUUUUUCUUUUCCUCAGUUUUUAAUAUUUGGCCCAAGUUGAGUAGGUUCUGUUACAAGAACUGUUCUCACAUUGUAUUUCACCUUUAUUUACAUGUGUUAGGAGAUCAAUCUUCUAUGGGAACAUUUCUGUUCGUUUUUGUUUGUUCAGUGAGUAAUAUGCCCACUCUGCUUCCAGAUUUCUGUCAGCUCACAUCAUAUUUCAACCUUACUUGUUUCCUCUGCCUAUGUAUGAUAGUUUUAUUCAUUCAGGCAAUGCGAAUGAAUAGCUUUAAAACUGCCAGGGUUUUCUUCUAUAUAAAAAGCUCUAUUCAUAUAGCAAUGUUCCCAUUAAAUAAACGUCAUUUGCAAGUAA